AUGAUUCAUGUUCAUUUGCGCAAGUUCUUUUUUUGUCUCCCUCUGAGGAUGGGUAUCUUUGGCCUCUCGUUCUUUGAGAUGGCCGGCGGGGGCAUCGUUGCAGCGGCUGGCUGGCUGCAGGUUUCCCAGCUAGAUACUCACCCCCUGGCGGCUUUCGACACAGUCGCGCUAUAUUUCCAUACAGUAGUGUUUUCCCUCCUUGCUACGGUGGGAUUGUUUGGGUUAAUCAGCGCGAUGACGAAGAAACGAGGUCUCGUUCAGGUUUAUGGUGUCCUUCUUGUCAUUGCUCUAGGUGUGAGCGUCACCUCGGGCAUAAUGGCUCUGUAUUCGUUGUUUCGAGUGAAAGAUGCACGAACCGUCAAGCAGUGCGUCAACGGGGCAACUGAUAAACUAACCGAGAAGGUGUGUCAGAAUGGAAUAGCGAUAUUCAAAGGCACUGGUGUUGCCAUCUACGCGGUAUCCUGGGUCACUCUCUCAUACUGUUAUCUCAUCGCAGCCAGCUAUGCUGCGCAAUUACGGAAAGAUAUGGAGGACCAAAAGACGUCGCCAGUGAUGUUGAUGGGAAAGACCAUUAGCAGUCCGGAACCACUGGUGACUUACAAUUCUGUUGGUGCUCCUGGAUAUAACCAGGGUUAUGCGUUUUCGCGCGUGCGAGAACCCAGCAAUGCACAAGCUGCAUAA